GGGCUUAAAGGAAUAUGCCAAAAAUGAUCCAAUGCACAUACAUUUUUUUUUUAUCAUAAAUGGUCCCAAUCAAAUGCAAGAAAUAUAAUGUACCAAUCAUUUAUUUCUAGCGAGUUCACAUUCGAAGAACCGUAGCAGAUUGAUUAAGUUGUCAUUGCCGGCAUCGACCGUUCACAUUUCUACCUCUGCCUAUAAAAAUAACAAAAUUGCACCACUCGAUUUAACACCUCUCAAAAUGGAGAAACUGAUUCUUAUUAAGCUCUUGCUCUUACAAUAUCUUUUUGUGUUGUCCAUCGCUCAAGAUUUUGAUUUCUUUUAUUUCGUUCAACAGUGGCCCGGAUCGUACUGUGAUACGAAACAAAGUUGUUGCUAUCCGACGACGGGAAAGCCUGCAGCAGAUUUCGGCAUCCAUGGACUCUGGCCCAAUUAUAAAGACGGCACUUACCCUUCAAAUUGCGAUCCCAACAAUUCAUAUGAUCAGUCUAAGAUAUCAGACUUAAUUAGCCGAAUGCAACAAGAUUGGGCUACUUUGGCUUGUCCGAGCAACAGCGGCUCCACAUUCUGGUCACACGAAUGGGACAAACACGGCACGUGCUCCGAAUCUAUUUUGGACCAGCACGGCUACUUCAAAGCGGCUCUCAACCUUAAAUCCAAAUUCGAUCUCCUCCAAAUUCUACAAAGUGGAGGGAUAAAUCCGGAUGGGGGUUCUUACAGCUUGAGCAGCAUAAAAAGUAGAAUAAGUAAUGCGAUAGGUUACAGUCCAUGGAUCGAGUGUAAUUCCGAUGCAGAUGGCAACAAACAGCUGUACCAGAUUUACCUGUGUGUCGACACCUCAGCCUCUAAUUUAAUUGAAUGCCCUGUUUUUCCAAAUGGGCAAUGUGCAUCUACCAUUCAGUUUCCAUCGUUUUGAUGUUCGACACUUGUUUUUGGUUUUUCAGCAUUUGCUUUUGCUACUACAGUUGAUGUGUUUAUAACUGCUAUUCACCAUUUAAUUGUAUGUAACAAGUUUCCAUUGUCAUGAAUGCAUUUUUUAUUAUCAUGUU